AGCUUCUUGCAGUUCGUGCAACAGGAUUCUCGCGAGGGCGACGCGUCACAAAACGAUUUUCAUGUCAGAAUAGCUGGCUCACCAGUCCUAUGAAAAAACACAAAUCUUUGGUUAUAAUUUACAAGCAUCAGCUACCAAUACACUGAACCAGCUACCUGAGGUUUCCUUCAACUAAUAAUAUGAGUCUCGAUAAGCUGUUUCAUCAUAUUUUACUCACGGAACAAAAAGUUUCAGAGCAAACAAGGCUGAUGCAGGACGUGAAGGCAGCAAUCAGCAAAUACCAAGAACAGAUCAAGACAACAACAGAAGAGUUAAACUGUGCUAAGAACCAGCUAGAGGAAAAGUGCAAGGUACUGAUAGAGUAUGGGCUGCAGAUGGAGCAGUUGAAGAAGUGCAAUGACAGCAGGGAGAAACAGCGAGAAGAGCUUCUCACUCAACAGAGGCAACUGAAAGAAACCUCUGAGGAGGCACGGUGUGGGGCAGCUGAGGAAAGAGACAGAUUCAUGGAGGAGAUUCUGAGCUUCAACGCUGAGUUCAACCUGUUAAUGGACAGACAGGCCAGGGAAGAGACCCGGGCCAGGGAGGAGAUGGAGACCAUGGACAGGGAGGAGAAGUCGCUCAAUGAGGAGAUGGAGCGCAUGACGCAGGGCCAUGCAGGAAUUCUCUCCUUGCAGGCAGAGAAGUCGGUCCUGCAGGAGGAAAUCUCUCAGCUUCAGAGGUGUGUCAAAGACCUGGACACACAACUUGGAGAAGCAGAGGCGAUCACAAGCUGUCUGGAAGCAGAGAAAGCAACAGUCAGCCAGAGGCCAUUAACUGACAGUGUUUUUCUUAGGCUGAAGAACGAGGUUGCGGAGCUAAAGGAAGGGGAGCUGAGUGACGUGCGACAGGUGCUUCGCUCAGAGAUACAGCAGCUGAAAACGGUCUCUCCAUCUCCUUCUGACUUACAAUUUUGAUGAGAAUGACAAUGGACUAUAUGAACAUUAAAUAAAACAUUUAUAUAUA